AUGUGGCUGUACCUGGCGGCCCUGCUGGUGCUGUACGUCCUGCGCCGAUGGUACCGGGAGCAGCAAAUGGUCGGGAACCUCCCGGACAAACACGUCUUCAUCACGGGCUGCGACUCCGGCUUUGGGCACCUGCUGGCCAAGCAGCUGGACGGGCGGGGGCUGCGGGUGCUGGCGGCGUGUCUGACGGAGCAGGGGGCCGAGCGGCUGCAGCAGGCAACGUCGUGGAGGCUGCAGACGGUGAUCCUGGAUGUCACCUGCUCCGACAGCAUCGCUGCGGCCACCGCCUGGGUGAAGGGGCAGGUGGGGGACCAAGGGCUCUGGGGUCUGGUGAACAACGCGGGGGUCUUUGGAUGCGUUUGCCACAACGAGUGGCUGAGCAAGGCCGACUUCACCAGGGUGCUGGACGUGAACCUGGUGGGGCUGAUCGAGGUGACGCUGAGCCUGCUGCCCCUGGUGCGCAGAGCCCGGGGCCGCAUUGUCAACGUGACCAGCAUAGGAGGCAGGUUGUCUGUAAAUGGAGGGGGCUACUGCAUCUCUAAGUACGGCGUGGAGGCUUUCUCCGACAGCCUGAGGCGCGAGCUCCACAAUUUCGGGGUCAAGGUCUCCAUCAUCGAGGCAGGAGCCUUCCGAACAGCCAUGUCGACCUCCCAGGACAUCCUGAGCAGCCUGGAGCAAGUGUGGAGCUCUGCCCCUGCCGAGGUCAAGGAGGCCUAUGGGGAGCAGUACUUUAACCGCUACUCUGAGACCACCAGAAAGCUCAUCCGCAUCUUACCUAGUGACAACCUCCGCCUGGCCACCGAUGCCAUGGAGCACGCGCUGACGGCCCAGCACCCCCGCACCCGCUACUCCUGUGGCUGGGACGCCAAGCUCUUCUACCUCCCGCUCAGCUACCUGCCGACCUCGUGGGCAGACCUCGUGCUGACCUGCUCCCAGCCCAAGCCUGCCCAGGGCAUUUAGGGAGCCGCGCAGGGGAGAUGCCCUGGGUGCUAUCGGGGUGUCCCAGCACCACUUGUGGGAGGCGCACCCGCUCUUCUCUACCUGAAAUCCAAACACUGCUGGGCUGCGUUUUGCAAGGGGCCACGGGCAGCAGCAGCCCACACCUCUGAGCACGGGACGUGGGAGCUUCACAAGGCAGGGUGGUGGGGACGGAGUUGUGUGGGUCCUUGUCUUUUGCUGUUACACACCUUGGCCAGAAGAAGGGGGUGUUGGAAGAGCCAGGCGGGCUGGAUGCUCACCCCCAGACUUGACUCCGCGCAGCGGCCUUGCUCGGUGACUGGUGUUCCAGCGAAGGGCAAGAGAAGCUGGGGCGACGCUUCCACAAUGCAGGGAUGGGGCAGACGCUGUUUUGGGUGUAACAAAGAAAUAAAGGUGGCGGGUGAAAAACCGAAGCUUGGGG